UGCCUGUAAAAAAAAUAACAAACAAAGAAGAAAGCCGAAGAAGAAGAAGAAGUAUGCGAUUGAGACGAAGAAGAGUGAGGAAGUGUGUUUGAUUGUUUCUAUUUAGUUAAUUUGCGACGACUCUCCAUAUAAAAGGUUCCAGCCAAAAAACAACAACAACAACACCACAAUGAACCUGGAACGACUGCCCAAUGAGGAGAAACUAAGCCUAUGCCGAAAAUAUUAUUUAGGUGGAUUUGCAUUUCUGCCAUUCCUGUGGCUGGUCAAUGUAGUUUGGUUUUUUAAGGAAGCCUUUGUGAAGCCAGAUUACACUGAACAAAUGCAGAUCAAAACAUAUGUGAAGCGGUCAGCACUGGGUUUGUUGUUAUGGGUAACAGUACUGACCACAUGGAUCACCAUUUUCCAGCGCUUCAGAGCAGAGUGGGGAGAGGUGGGAGAUUACCUCUCCUUCACAAUCCCACUAGGAAUUCCGUAAAACAUUUUUUCUGUCCGGUCUUUUUAAAAUAACUAAUGAUCCACUAUAAAAGGACCAAAGAGUUUUUGUUCUUUAACUACAGUGAAAGAUUCUAGUGAAUUGUCUAGUCUCUGGAGAUAAAUUGAAUGACUGAUUCACAUUAACAGAGUAAUUCCCUAUGUCUUCAAAUUAUAAAUGCUCUAGGAUUGAAAAAUCCUGUUUCUUUUUUUUGUGCUUGCCAAGGCAUUUCAGAAAGUUAUUUUGAGUUAUUUUUUUUAGAAUAGGCUAAUUAAUCUUGUUUAGUAGACAAUGUUUACAGUCAUGACAUUAUCUUGAGCUGGAUGUGCAUUCCGGUUUGUUCAGGACAUUGAACAUUAGAUCCAACAACUUUUUUUCUUGACUUUUUGUGGAGAUUUUUGGUUUAAUUGUGCACCCCAAACUAUUUGUACUUGUGAAUGAAUGAUGAAUAAAACAUCCAUAAUGCC